GCGGCCAUUCUCCGUUUUUCCUUUGCCUUCUUCCUCCCUCCCUCCCGCCUUCCAUCUUCUCCUCCCGAGGUUCUCUCCAUGAAGAGAUUCCGGGCCACGGUGUCACCACCUUCGGCUUGCCUCUGCUCCAUGAACGUGCUCAGUGAAGAGAUCCUCCUCACCAUCCUUGAGAAGCUCACGGACUCCUCCGACCGGAAAUCGUGGUCGUUAGUCUGUCGGUACUUCUACGUUCUGGAGUCCCAACACCGCAAAGGCCUCAAGCCGAGGCGCUCUGACUUUCUGCCGUCGCUUCUUGGGAGGUACAGGAACAUCCAGUGCGUGGAUUUCUCCCUCUGCCCCAGAGUUUCCGACGAUUCUCUCCUGGCUCUUUCGAGACUCUGUCGGUCUACCUUGGCUUCCGUCAAUCUCUCACAAUCCAAGUUCUUCACCCAUGUUGGUAUCUCUCAGUUGACCAUCAAUUGCGCUUCUUUGGUCGGAAUCGACAUUUCCAACGGCACCCAGCUGACGGAUGUUGCUGCUGAGGCAAUAUCCAAGGCGGGGAAUUUGCAGACGCUGAGGAUGGGGAGGUGCAAACAAAUAACUGAUUUGGGUAUUGGAUGCAUUGCGGUUGGGUGUAGGAAGCUGCGGACACUCGGUCUCAAAUGGUGCUUGGGCAUCGGAGAUCUGGGGAUUGGAUUGGUCGCCAUCAAGUGUAAGGAGCUAAGGAGUCUGGAUCUGUCGUAUGUGCAGAUCACAGAAGCUUGCAUUGCAUCUCUAGUCCAACUUGAAUAUCUUGAAGAUUUGAUUCUGGUGGGUUGCUUUGGGAUAGAUGACGAUGGACUCAAGGUUCUCAAGAAGGGAUGCAAGUCUCUCAAGGCACUUGAUAUGUCCAACUGCCAAAAUAUAAGCCCUUCUGGCUUGUCUUACCUUGCUAACGGUGCAACUUUACUGCAACAGCUUACUUUGGCAUAUUGUACUCAUGUUUCGGAUUCCUUGGCUUAUAGUUUAAGAAAUCUCCCCAAGCUGCAGUGUAUCAGAUUAGAUGGUUGCCAGGUAACUUGCUCAGGACUAAAGGUAAUCGGUGAAUGUUGCACAUCUCUUCGAGAACUGAGCUUGUGCAAGUGCAAGGGAGUUAUGGAUGAUGGCCUUUGUUCUCUUCUAGCAAAACGCAAGGAGCUAAGAAAACUUGAUAUCACUUGCUGUCGAAAGAUUACUUGCCUUUCUGUUGUUGCUAUUGCAAAUUGCAAGCAAGUUUUUUCCCUUAAGAUGGAGUCUUGUAGCUCAGUCUCGAAGGAAUCCUUCAAAUUAAUUGGAGAACAGUUGCAUCUCUUGGAAGAACUUGACUUUACAGACAAUGAGAUUGAUGAUGAAGGUUUGAGGUCUUUCACAAGAUGUUCUGAACUUACAAGUUUGAAAGUCGGUAUAUGCUCAAACAUCACAAAUAGUGGGCUUAUACAUAUCUCAGGCAGUUGUCGGAAACUUAUAGAGCUGGAUUUGUACAGGGUUGCAGCAGUAGAUGAUACUGGAAUUGGAGCUAUAGCUCACAAUUGCCCCAUGUUGCAGAAAGUGAAUAUGUCCUAUUGCACGAGGAUAACAGAUGAUUCAUUGAAAUUUUUAUCCACAUGUCAGCGGUUGUCCGAACUAGAACAUCGAGGUUGCCCUCUUGUGUCAUCAGCUGGUCUUGCCGCCUUGGCUGUUGGUUGCAGGCUUAUAUCCAAGCUGGAUAUUAAGAAGUGCAACAAAAUUGGUGACAAGGGCGUUCUGCAACUAGGUCUUUUUUCCCAGAAUCUCAAACAGAUAAAUUUAUCAUACUGUUCCGUCAGUGAUGUUGGCUUGCUAGCAUUGCCAAGCAUGGGGUGCCUGCAGAAUCUCAUCCUCUUGCACGUGGGAGGUGUUUCUGCACAAGGCCUUGAAAUUUCUCUUCUGUCAUGUGCAUGUCUUAGAAAUGUUAAACUCAACGCACAUUUCAGAAGCAUACUAUCUCCGCAAGUUCUUGAGCAUAUGGAGGUUCGCGGUUGCACAUUCCAGUGGAGGGACAAACCCUUCAUGUUGUGACGACAACUGAAAUUUAUUAAUCAUCUACUAGGACCAUGUUCUUUGUGGCCUCAAAAGUCUGUUAGCUGCUGUUACCUGUAUAGUCCUGAAUUAUGCUACAGGUACUCAAUCUGUGGCCUACAGAAGAAUCGAAAAUUGUAUUUCAAUAUCUGGAAAUCUCUGUCAUCUUUCAGGUAGAGAUCUUUGCCCUGGUUUGGUGAAAAUUAUAAUGUUGCUUCAACUUUUCCAAGGUACCCGGAAACCUAUAUGAUGCACUUGACUACUGAGUUCACGGUUCACACUCACGGUUCACUGCUUUCAUCUUUCUUGUACUGUAACAAAGUUUAGCAGUGAAUGCUACAACGAAGAGAUUGCGAGUGCGAUGCAGUGGCAAUUUUUCAGUAAUGUAGAGCAUUCUUCACCAA